AUGCAGCCACUCCUGCUUUUGUUGGCCCUUCUUCUGCCCCUUGGGGCUGGUACAGAGGAGAUCAUCGGGGGCCAUGAGGCCAAGCCCCACUCCCGGCCCUACAUGGCAUUUGUUCAGUUUCUGGAUAAGAGCAAGAAGAAGAGGUGUGGCGGUGUCCUGGUGCACAAGUACUUUGUUCUGACGGCUGCUCACUGCUGGGGAAGCUCCAUCAGGGUCAUCCUGGGGGCCCACAACAUCGAGGAACAGGAGAGGACCCAGCAGGUCAUCCCCGUGAAAACAGCCAUCCCCCACCCAGACUAUAAUCCAAAGAACUACUCCAACGACAUCAUGUUACUGCAGCUGGAGAGAGAGGCCAAGCAGACUGCAGCGGUGAGGCCCCUCCACCUGCCCACCGGCAAGACCCGGGUGCGGCCAGGACAGGUGUGCAGUGUGGCCGGCUGGGGGCGGGUCUCAAUGAGCUCUUUAGCAACCACUCUGCAGGAGGCGUCGCUGGAAGUACAGAAGGAUAGGGAGUGUGAAUUCCUCUUCCGUGCCUAUUACAGCAGGGCCACCCAGAUUUGUGUAGGAGACCCGAAGAAGAUGAAGAUCGGCUUCAAGGGAGACUCCGGAGGCCCCCUCGUGUGUAACAACGUGGUCCAGGGGAUUUUCUCCUAUGGAAAACCAGAUGGGACCCCUCCAGGGGUCUUCAUGAAGGUCUCCCACUUCCUGCCCUGGAUAAAGAGAACAAUGAAGCGCCUCUAA